AUGCAAUAUUCGGAAAUGCUAACAUCUCAAAAACUACAAAUGCCACCGGUUAUGAAUGAAAGAUCGCCAGAUGAUUAUGAGAACUCCGUUAUCACUAAGAAUCCAGAGUUGCGUGGUAUCCUCCCGGCUAACCAGAAGUUGGCUUUCGUGGACAUUGGCUUAGAUUCAAGUCCUCGACGUCGACUGAUGCUAAUCCGGGAGGCGGACGGAACACUUCGCUAUGCAUAUUCAUCGGAGCGCGAUCGUUUUAAUCAAAUAUUUUUCCCUCUACCCGGUCGGCGUCUUCGAACACCCUCCCUCUUUCGGGAUGCCAAUCUUGAGGUGGCACUCAAUAAUGGGUUGCACGAAUACGUUUUGGACCUCCUAUUGAUUCAGUUUGAGCCAGACAGUCCCGAUUAUAUUCGUAUUAGCCAGAAAGUCUAUAAAGAUGCGUCCACGAGAAUUUGGACUCGUUAUCAGACCUCCUCAGAUCAGAGUGAGGACGGUAAUGCGAGUGUAGUUACUAGACUCCGGUUAACAAGGCACUAUGGACCUUUUGCUCUCUACGUGAUUUCUCAGCUUCAGCUUCCUGCCUGUCUCAUACAAGAGGCGCUCAUUCACCAAGCUUUAGACACGGUCUACAAGCUGCUUAUUCUCACUUCUCUUUUACACCCUGACUCAAACUUUGCUUUGAAAGCUAUCAAACAGGGGAUUCCACCGAGUACUCCAGAUGGCGAUCAUUUUGUGCCAGAUUCCAAAAGGAUACUUGACGUUGUUCAG